GUGUAGUGAGCGCGCAAGUGUCCGCAGUCGCUCACCGCGCACCGAUCGUUCACCGCGCUUCCGAACGCACGUUUGCAACUGAAGGUGACAAAGGUGUCUUUAUCAUAGUGCCAGCUGGAACGAUGGUGAAUUACACAUAACAAAAUAGUGGUUUAAUUGUUUUCAACAUUUGAUCAUUAUACAACGUUGACUAAGGAUGCGAGCCGGCGUGUGGAGCGCGGCGGCGCUGCUGUUGCUGGCGGCUGUAACUGCCGCCCUUAGAACUGCUCAGGUGGAAGGUGUCCGAAAUAGCAGAAGACUUUCAAACUUCGACUCGAGAGGCUCAACAAGUACGGAGAAGAUUGAUGAUGCUCAGCCUACCUUUCGGUCCAGGAGUUACCGAAGACGUGAUGAAACAUCUACACCUGUAGCUAGAGAUAUCACCAGAUCAAAAUCCCGGAAUAGGGCACCGGAACCUUUGACUUCCAAUGCCGUCACAGAACAAUCUCCAACAGAUAAUGGAAGGAACGAGCGAUUUGAUUCAAGGAGGACCAAUCGGAUACGAAGUCGACCUAUAGAAAGUCAGAACGCCGUCACAACCUUUCCAAGUAGAGACAGUACUGUAAACAACAAGGCACGACAAAGUAAUAGAAGAUCACAGUACACUACAACUACAGUAUCAUCUUUAGCACCAUCUUCAUCAGUCACGAGUAAUUUUAGGAGAGAUGUAAAUAGAAGAGCUCAGACAACUACCACAGAAGCGGUUACUAUUCUCUCUUCGCCAACUCUUGAUGAAUUCAAAAGUGAAAUCACAGCUUCUAGUUUCGAUGAUUUUACGAGAACGGUUCCAAAAGAAGAAGACAUUACCACUGUUCAAUUUAAAAAGAGAAGCACGACAGCUAAAAGUGUAGAAGUAGAAACGCAAGCAAGUACAAAAGCACCUAGAACACGCGGGCGCGUCAGUCCAAAAACAAAUAUCAAAUUAGAUGAUAUGGCUAGUUCUGGUGCAACUAAUAUUCUAAGUAUAUCGGAAAAUAAUCUCAUUGUAGAAAAAUCAUCUGAAGAUGCAAAAAAAUCACGUAAAUUAAGGUACAGGACACGUUUAUCGGAAACCGACACCAAUCUCACGGGCGAGGGUAUCACAACUUCAAAUGAAAUAAUUAAAACUUCAAGAAAGCAGCUGAAACAACCAGAAAGUAGGACAACAACAUUAGCUCCAACUGAAAGAAAAGUCCAGAGAAAUGUAGAACGUAAUUCUUCAAAGUCGUCGAUCGUCAAGUCUAUGAGAGUUGUUCGGCGACCAGUAUCGAGAGGAAAUGAAAACGGGACAACACUUCCAAAAGUGAAAACUUCAGAUGAGAUUGGAGACGAUGAUAACUAUCCAGCAAGUUUUAAAGCUAUAAUUCAAGCUAAGAAUGCUUCGACACAAGUGAGCUCUCCACCCAGCGAGAGUUUAUCAGUGAAAGCAACACAUACAGCUAUCAACACUAACACAAAAACCUCACUGCCUUCCAACACAAGUAUUGAAUCAAACAAUUUUACACGGCUUCGCAGUAAAUUAAACACAACUGAAAAUGACGUAAAAAAUGGAGACGAAAAACUAAGUGAUUCUCCCUUAGAUUCUCCCAAGCUCAAAUCUGAAGAAUAUAAAUUAAGAGGUACAUAUUCUUCUAGACCACGAAAAGUAAAAACUGAAAAUUUAAAAACUACAACUACUACUAGUUCUCCCAAUGCGGUAAAAACUUCAUACAAAUACACUAGAAAAUUACGAACAACAACAUCGAGUCCGGUUGAUUUCAAAUCGUCUGAAAGCCCUCGUAAGUUUAAAAGAUUUGAAUCUGGGCAAUCACCACAGACUGCAUCCCGACCACUUUAUUCAAGAACAAAAAUCGGAAAAAAUAUCGAUAAACCUGCAGAAACUGUAACUGAUGAUAGUAGUAGAAACAAUUUGAACACCAGUGUCUUAAACAACAGUGUGAAAUUGCCAAGAACAUCUUAUUAUUCACGUCUAAGAAAUAAUGUCAAGAACGGUAUAACAACGACAGCGGAGUCUGCUAAUACUGAUAUAAAUAAUCCUUUCAAAGCUGCCAAGAAAACAGAAAAUACUGCUGAAACGCCAUUAAUAUAUACUAUGUUAAAUAAACAAACCAAAGCUAUGUCUGAGGAAACCAAUAGCGAUACAAAGGGAGAGUUUUUAUUAGCUGUAAGUAGUAAAGAAUCUCAAGAAAAUAAUGUGGAAACUGAUCCAGUAACUAAUGCCGAGGAGUCUGAAAACAUGCCAGUAAUAAACGUUUUCUCGACCACACAAAAAUAUCACGCUAAUUACAAAGAUCAGGGUUUGGGGAAUGACCGACAAAAAAAUGAAUAUGUAGCUACUUCGGCAACACCUGUAAUAAGAAAUAUUCAAACAAGAAAGUAUACACGUAAAAUUUUUAAAUCUAAAGAAAAUGUGGAAUCUUCAUCAGUUAAUCCUGUAUCGAAAUCAAAAGAACGUGCACUCCGCAAAUAUAGUGAUACUUUCUCGAAAACAACUGAAGCUUCUACUAAUGGCAUUACUACCGAUCCUGAAAAACCAAAAAGCAGAUUUAGUUCAAAAUACAGAGCCUCUAAUCUCGAUAAACCGUUUUACAAACCUACAGUACCAACAGUCACAACAACAACUGCUUGGCUGAAAUUCUUCGUGACUGAUCGUCAACUCACAAAGUCUAUAAAGGAGCCGAAGUGGUUCGAUGGCAAUGAUUUUAAUGAUGAUACAACAGAAUUAAUAUCAAGACAGAACGCUACAACGAUGGCAUUCACUCACCAAUCAUCUGAACUGGAAGUGGGUGAAGAAAUUCUUUUAGGUCCAGACAUGAACGCUAUCUCUUUUACUCAAACACGAAGUGCAUUGUCUUCAGCAGAUUUAAGACUUUCUGAGAGUUUAGAAAAGCCAUCACAGGUUAUGAACGUAGAAGCCUCAAAUCACUCACCAUCAGUUACUGUCUCUAUUUUUGACGCUUUGGCUGAAAUUCUUACGUCUACACCCAGAAUUCAAAUAUCUACAACAACAGACGUACCGCAACAAACAUUUACAGAUAGUGUUGUUAAGCAAACACUCAAUAGCGUGAGUAGUAACAAUAAUGUAAAUAGUGUCAGCGACUUUUCGAGUCAGGGCACAUCUACGUCAACAGAGAGUUUAACUACAAUAACUACUGUACAAAACACUGAUCAGACUACACCUACUGUGCUUAACCGCUUGUCGGUAGAGGAAAGUGUUUCAACGUCACUAAAUAUGAAGGAGAAUACAAUGUCCACAAAUAAUCCCCAAACUACCCUAACUCCCACUCCAACGACUCCUAUUUCCGCAAGGAGACCCUUUGCCAUUAAAGUUUUAUAUUCAGAUACUGAACGGCCGACAGACGUACCAAUGACUUCAUCUAAAUCCACAACCAAAUGGAGUACGACUGAAAAUACAAAAAUGGUAUACAAUACUGUGUCCGAUCUUAUAUUAUCUAAUAACAAUUUAGUGUCAUCAGAACUAACAAGCAUGUUAUCGAAUAACAUAAAAGAUAUAAUUGAAAAUUUAGACGAAGAGAGUAGAUCUAGAUUAUCCGUUGAUAUGGCAAAAAUGUUAAAAACACUUAUCCCCAGACUUGUAAAUAACAAUCCUUCCCUAAACGAUCUUGAUAAUAUUCCUAAUACUACGCCUUACAGUUUGGAGGAUAUCAAAGAUACUGAAAAUAUAGACAUAAGCAAUGUCGCUAUUAAUACUAAUGAAAAUGUAAAUAUUGACAGUAAAAAUUUCCUUCAAAAUGUACAGGAUAAUAAUGUAAAUAUUUCACAAGGUACUACUGAUUCCCCGAUUAGUGACGGUCUUAAUAAUGAUAGUGUAAAUAGCAUAAGUGAUUCCGUUUUGAGCACAGUUUUGCCUUUAUCAGAAAGCAAGGCAACAGUAGCUGAUAUCAUAGCUACAACCACUACUAUUGAUACUAAUUCUUUGCAAACUUUAGAUUCAUCUUCAACAAUAUUAACUACUACUCCCACUAAUCAAUUACCCAUGAAUAUUGAGAUACCAGAUACAGCUACUUUGUCUGGCUUAGAAAUAAGCACCGCCACUGUAGAUAAUAUAAGCGUAGACACUACCAAAAGUCCAACAAUUGAUCCCACUAACAAACCUUUACCCCUCACAUUUUCCACAAACAUAAACAUUGGUGAAUCUAUUUCAAGUGAUACAAAUAAUUCUUCUUUAAUAAACAAAAUUGACAAUCGGGUUGGAACCGAGGACUUUGAUAGCGUUGAAAUUGAUGACCCCAGCCAAAUAUCUCGUUUUCAAUUAUGGGUUCUUUCCAAAAAAGCUCGCGUUUUAAAAAUGAUUGAACAACUUAUACGGGAACAUAAUGAUGAAAUAGCAAAUGGACCACUGACUGAUGUAUUUAAACAAUCUAAUAAUAAUAAUACACUUUCUAAUCGAUUGACUGAGAUAAUGAAUACAAUGGACUCUACGACUUUGUCUAAUAAUCCAAAUACUGAUAUUACGACUGACUUAGUAGUUACCACGCCUACUACAGCCACUUCUAACCCACCAUCUGACUUAUCUGAAUCAGUCAAUAUCAUAAAUGAUCGCUCUGGAGCUGACUUUACAGUUCCUUCCACGACCAUUCUUAGUGAUGUUAUAUCAACUGCUAUCCCUGACUCUACCGAAGUAGAUUCUGCAACAGAUGUUACUGAAGUAAUCGCUACUACAAUUGCGAAUGAAAUUGCUGAUGCUUUCUUACGUACAAAUGCUAACGCUAUCGAUCAAACUACAGUAAAGGAAACAAUGAAUGCUGAAAAUGAAACAACAAAUGCAGAAAAUGAAAAAGAAAAUAUAAUUUCAACUACAGAAAAUGGAGAAAUGUUUGAUGAGGUCAAUGCUGAUAUGACAACACGUAGAUUAAAUUUAGAAACGACAACAGAAACAGCAAUAACAACUGAGAAUACAGUAGAGACCACUACGCAAGCAGGUAUCGAAACCACCACUGUAUCACUUGUAAAUGAAAUUAAAUCAAAUGACCAAAUAACUGUCACCUCGCAAAGCAACGUUGCCAGUCAGCCAAUCAUUCCGAAAAAAGAUUAUGUUAUAUUUGGCAUACUACCUAAUAAUACGGUGGUACGUAAAGAUCCUAAUGAUAAUGUACUGGAAACGUUAACGGAGGCAAGUCCGUACAUUAUUUAUGGUGUGCUACCAAAUAACACAGUAAUACGCAAAUUUCCAAAUGGAACUAGAGUACCACGUGUCAUGCAAAAAAUUGACGUACUACCAAUCAGUCCAUGGAGUCUAAGAAAUCCAUAUAGCCCCAUCCAUAAUAAUCCGGCCAUUGUCAGACCGCAGUCUAACCCCAUCCGAGUAUCCACUAAUAUUGUGACAUCUACCGACACAAAUAACGAAACGGAAAACCGAUUAACCACCGACACUGUAAAUAACCAACAAAUAAUGAUACCUACAUCGGCACUUAAUUUAAACGAUAGCAGUUCCUUUGGCAUAACUACUGCCACUAUUAAGCCGUCUGCUGAAAAAAGCACUGCCUCGCAUGUUUUGAAUUUACGCACUACUACAAUGCUACCUUCUAUUCAUGAGAUUCUGCUUAAUAGUUUAUCUUCAGCCACUAAAGAGGAAAUGGUUAUAUCAUCAAUGAAAAGCUCCACUCCUGAACCAAGAAUAUUAACACUGGAUAUCGAUCCGGAGACUAAACAAAUCAGAACCGAAAAACCCAACGAUGGCCAAGGAAACACUGUUUUUAAAUUUAUACCAAUAGACGAAAUCACUGUUCCUCCACAAGAAACAAAUGUCUUAACGCUUGCUUCGACUAAAGCACCUUCGAAAUCAAACAACGAAAAAGAAGUACAAAUCGUGACUCCAAUUUCAGUAAUGGAAAUUAAUUCACCAACACCAGAAAUUCAAACAAGCUUAAAAAAUAUUGAUGAACCGACAACAACCGUUCAGCCUACUGUUGGAACCCCUAAUGUAAUAACACUUGCUGAUAACAACAUUCAGUCAACAAUGAUAACUUCCACAACCAAUCCAAUAACAACAGUUCAACCUAAGAUAGAAAGCACAACUUCCAAUUUAAGAACGACUACCUUUAACAGUAUAGAAAAUUCAAACACGAUAACGACAACAGUGAAAAAUGUAAUAACUACAUUUGAACCUACAACGGAAAGAUAUAUACCAGACCUGCUGACAACUUUAACAACUACAAGUAUGCCACUAGUUACAACUACUGAUAUACCAAGCACCACAGAAUCAGUACCAGUCCCAAAUAAUUCUAUCUUUACAACAACAGAAAUGACGAAAACUGCCACAGAUGAUAUACAAGGUAACAAUAAUAUAAACCAGGAAAAUGCAAAUUUACUUCAGAUGCUACAAUCAAUUUUAUCAACAAAUACAAAAUCUUCUUCGUCUCAAGAGAUUGAUCAAAUGAAAUUAUUACAAGCAUUGUUAUUAAGCGCUAAGGAUAAUGUAAAAGAUAAACAGAAGUCACUACAAACUACCACUGUUCGCACAAUACAAGACGAAAUUCGUCAAUUUGAAGAAGACACGAAAUUUUUGAAAGCACUUUUACAAGCUACAGGUAGAGAUCCAGCAGAACUUAAUAUUCCAAAUCUCAAUGACAUAAAACCAACUUUGGCUGUAACGACAACAAUGAAACCUAUAACAACUACUACUCAAGCACCUGCGCCUACAACAACCUCUGUAAUAAAAUCAACAACUUCUAUAGCCGAAGAUUUAAAGAAAAUCAAAGAAGACACUCAACUACUACAGGCAUUAUUACAAGCCACCGGCCAGACUGUUGAUACUUUAAAUUUGCCAGUCAUAUCUGGGAUAACUUCUAACGUGCGGAUUGCUUCAAAUCCCCGAACAACGUCUAUUGAAUCUAAUCCUACAACUCCAAUGAAUGUUCGUCCAAUAUAUACCACAAUUCAAUCAACAGAAAAAACUACAACACAGACUAAUGUGCCGCAAACUAUUUCUACAUUACCUACAUUACAGGAACAACAAAGUACUGUAAAAGAAGAUAUUGGUAUUUCAACCACAUAUCGACCUGUCCAGAGAAGAAUAACAACAACUACCACACCUCCCGAAAUAUAUUCAACUUUAAGCGCUAGACGAGCUCCAAGCUUAGCACAAGUUACUACUGAAGUGCCAAGUACAUCUACGUUUUCCGUUGAAGAAGAUUUAGCAUUUCUAAACAACCUGAAAACUGUAUUAAAUACGAAUAAUAACGAUGACCCGGAAGCUGCUUUAGCAAACCGUGUUAUUGCUCUGGCUGUAGAGAGAAGUUUGAACGAACUACAAACUGGAACACCAAAGAGUUCUUCCCCUCCAAAUGUUGUAAACUCCAUUCGCACAACUAGACCAACUACCACCACCACGACAAUGACUACAACUACUGUAUAUAUUCCUCCAGUCUCCACGCAAAGUACACCAUCUAUAGAAGACGAUAUUAAACAAUUUGAAGAAGACACGAAACUUUUACAGGCAUUGUUGAAAGCAACAGGACAAGAUCCAUCGAAGUUUAACAUACCAACAUUACCAAGUGUAAAUAAGCCUAAUAAGGAUAAUCAACCCAGCGUUUUGGCAUCGCCAAAAACGACAACAAAACCAUUUGGAGUGAAAAUAGCUGUUAAAGAUGAAUUGAAAAAUGUUCAAGAUGAUGCACAAUUAUUACAAACAUUAAUAAAGUUGAAAGACGCGCAAGAAACAACGACUCAGAGAAAUAAAAUCGCAAUCACAGGCCAAUCUUCCGAUGAAGCUCUUCAAAAAUUAAUACAAAAAGCAAAACCAACAGCUAUGGUAUCAGAAGCUACAAAAUCAUCUGUCUCUUUGAGUACUGAAUAUGGAAAUAGCAAUGACGCUCUCCUUGCGGCGUUACUUAAAGAGCAAGGAUUCGGUCCAACCACGGCAAGUUCUUUGGAUGAACAAGUUCGACUCGCUGCCUUACUGAACCAAGUGGUAGUGACGCCGAAGGCUAGGCGGACGACUACCCCUCCGCCGCCGCCCCCGGCGCCGCGGCGGCCUAUCCUGGACGGCUUAGCCUGGCUCUGGCAGCAGUGGCGGGACACGGCACCGGGCGCGGGAGGCGCAGGUGCGGGAGCUGCUGGUGCGGGGGGCUCUAGGACAAACAGCAGGAGACCCGCCCCUGCGCAGGCUCAGGCGCCCGCGUCUAGUCCCACGGCGGCCGCGACACCGGCUCCUUCGAGGGUCAACUGGUUUGGCUCCGGACCGUUCGUUGGAAACGCUGAUGAUAGACCGGCGUCCAAUCGAAUACCUCUGGAGCCACCGCGCGCAGUCGCCGCUGAGCAGUCCCCGGGCCGGGGGCAGCUUGUCUCUGCUGCGAUUAACGUCACUAGAGCUUUCUCUCAGUUCCUUGGAGCGGCGAUACAGGGCGCAGCACAGACUGUACAAAAUGUCAUACGAGCUGGUCAAAAGGCGGCAACGGACGUUUACACCAACGGCUCCGGGUAGACAUGACAUUCGGAUAUUGUAAUGGACUGCAAACUUUUCCGAAAGUAUAGUACGCACUAUGUGUUUAAAAUGCUCAUGUAAAUAGUCCCUUAGAUAAUUCGGCCUUAUUUUAAAUGGAUGGCAAAUGAGGUGUUAAAUUCUUGUGUAAAAUGAAAAACUGUGAAUAAAACUAUCUGGAUAGGAUCGUAAUAGUAAGUUAUUCAAUGGUGUGUAAAUAUAAUGAAAAUAUCAAUUGCAAAUUGUCCAAAAUAGGUACUGACAAAGAAUGUGAUGAUAGUUAUAUUUA